AUGUCCGCCCUGGAAUCGCGCGGCGUCGUGCUCGGCCUGCGCAUCGCGCAAAUCCUCUUCGCCAUCAUCGUCCUCGGCCUCGCAGCAUACGUCGUCUCCUGGUGGCGCCACUACUGGCACGCCUCGAGCCCCAGCUCGCUCAACUUCCUUAUCUUCGAUGCCGUCUGGACGCUGCUGGCCGCUGCCUACCUCAUCGUCGUGCCCUGGCACUUCUCCGAGACGCGCGCGCACCACAAGUUUGCCAUCCUGGGGGUGGAAGCGGUGACGAUGCUGUUUUGGUUUGCGGGGUUUAUUGCUGCGGCUGUGUUUCUUAGUGGCAGGGGGUGUGCUGGGGGCGUGUGUCGGGCGGCGGAGGCGGCGGUGGUUUUUGCUGCGUUUGAGUGGGUUCUGUUCACGAUCACGACUGCUAUGGCUACAAUGUUUGUGCUGCGGGGACGGGGGCAGAGUCGUGGGCAUACCAAGGCGGAUCCCAACGUUGCCGUUCACGAGGGUGUUUGA